AUGGACUCCGGCGAUUUGCAAGCUAGCUCAGGCGAGCUGAGCAAUAUGAACAUCACAGUUCACCACCAAGGCAAUAGCCAUUCAUUCUCGCUGCCGCAGGAUUCUACACUUCAAGAUCUUUCAAAUGCGCUUUCAGAGAAACUUUCUAUUCCCCCAGAGAACCAAAAGCUACUUAUCUCACCCAAGCCGGGCCUACAGAAGUCUCCCUUUCCGCCGACACCCCUAUCCUCCUUGCCUCUACACUCCCCUCGCGCCAAAAUAACUCUCCUCGGCAGCACCAGUGGAGAAAUAGACUCGUUGAAGAGACCUGUGUCUUCAUUGCCGGCCCGUAAAUCAAUAAUCAAACCUGCAAAGCCAGCUUCACGACAAUCGCUGCAAUCGUCGUCCUCCCAAUAUACAUUCCACAAACUACUCCCGCUGCCCUAUCUACCCAACCCCGAACGCAGUCUUGCGUUCCUAGCCCGGUUACGUGAUGACCCUGGAAUCCGCAAGGCGAUGGCCCGCCAUCGAUUCUCGAUACCCUUGCUUACCGAGAUGGACCCGGUGCAGCACACGACGAUGUCGUCACGCACACUGGGUCUAAAUCGGAAUAAGGGAGAAGUUAUUGAGCUCCGGCUUCGGACGGACGCGUAUGAUGGAUAUCGGGACUAUAGGACUAUACGAAAGACGCUAUGUCAUGAACUGGCGCAUUGUGAGUUUAGUGACCACGACAGGGACUUUUGGGAUCUGACCGGGCAGAUUGAGAAGGAAGUCGAGAAGGCAGAUUACUGGGGGAACAAAGGGCGGAGUGUCAGUGAUCAGGAGUUUUAUAACCCUGUAGAUUGGGACGAUAUGAAUGCCCAGGGAGUUGUGGACCAUGGCGGUUGGACGGGAGGUGAAUUUGUCCUCGGUGGUCUAUCGGGGGAAUCAAGCCAGGCCUCUUCAGCCGGUUCUAACAAGGGACUGAGCAGGCGGGAGAUUCUAGCCAAGGCAGCAGAGGCUAGGAUGGCGAACAUGAAGGCUAGCCGCCAGGAGCAGCCUGAGGGCGACUCUGGUCGGGAGGCCGAUGGUUCAUGA